AUGGCUUUUCUUUUAAAUAAAAACCAAUUAUUAUAUCAAUUAAGAGCUUCAUAUUUGGCCGUGGAUAAUUCUGAAUUAACAAAAGAUAUUAUAAAAUUACCAGUUAUAGAUAAAGAUGAUGGUCAAUUUGAUGAUGAUAUACUGAAUAAUAUACCAAUCUCCGAGUCCCCACCAAUUACAUUUGAAAUUGCUCGUCACUUAAAGAAAUCUUUACAUAAUGAUAAUCACCAUCAUUCAAAUCAUAAACAUCAUCAUAAUAAGAUUAAUAAUAAAAAAUCAAGAAUAAAACCAAAUCUGAAUUCAAAAAAGAAUACUGAAUUAUCAAGGAGUGAUAUUGACAAAAGUUCCCUCAUUGAAAAUGAUAAUCACAAGUCAAUAAUUGAAAAUGAACUAAGCCCCAUCAUAGAACCCCCCAACCAUUUAAGUGAGAGUCUUUCAAAUGAUAAUAGUUCCAUAAGUACUCAUAAAACGACUAAUUUUGGCUUGAAAUCUUCAAAAACAAUUAAAGGUGGUAAUGGUCAAAAGAAAGAAAAAUCUCGAACAAAAUCUAAGAUACCAAUUGUUAAAUUUUUUCAAGGUAAAGAGAAGAAAGAUGUCAAUUCAGAUUCUGAUAGUGACAAUGACCAGAGAAAUAUUUAUUCAACUUCAGAUUUAGCUCCAACUAUAGAAUUGUCGGAUGAUACAAAUGCAACUGAAACUGAAGAUUUAAAUGAAGUGACAUCUCCAACGAGUGAAAUAAAUAAUAGCAAUGAUACUAUAAGUAUAGAUAGUGAUUUUGGUGUACCUGUGGACUCAAAAGGUCAAGUUGUUCAUCAUUAUAAUAAAAAUGAUAAAAUCGAAAAAUCCGAAAGUGAUUUAUCUGAUGAAGAAACUGAUGAAUACGACACAUUUGAAGAAGAUGAUGAAGAUGAGGAGUCAAAUGAUUCAGAAUUUACUGAUUUAAAUAAUGAUUCCAUGAUAGACUCUUCAUUAAUGAUGGGUACUUUUGAUGAAAAUCAUAAUGAAAGCUAUUCAUUUAUUAGAACCAGUACUACAUCAGAUUUUAAUUCAAAAAAAUCAAGAAAAAAGAAAAAAGUAGAUCCAUUUGAUCAAUUUAGUGAUUCGAAAGAUUCAGUUAAAUUAUUAAAAGAUGAUGAUAAUUUGACAUUAACUAAAAAACAACCUGAAUUAUCAUUUGACAAGAUUAAACCACCACUUCAUGACUCGGAAACAAAAAGCUCUAAUUUGAGUUCAUUAAUACAAUCCAAAUUUAAAUCAAGUAAUAAUAAUCCAUUAAAUUAUUAUUUAUUUGUUGAUAGUGAUACAAUAUCUGGACAUAAAGUUGACAUUGAUAUUUAUUUAGCUCCAAGCAAGGUACCAAUAUUAAAAAGUUUAAAGAUAUGUCCCAGUACAGUCGUCAUAGAUUUUAUUGGAUUUAUAUUGUUGAAUCUUUAUAAAUUACCAGAGUUUAAUAAUAAAACAGAGUUUAGUUACAUGAAUCCAAAUUGUUGGAAAUUAGAAUUAGUUGACGAAGAUGGUGAAAAUUAUGGAUCAUUUGGAGUUUUAGAUCGAACAAGAAGUAUUUCAUCUUAUAAUAAUCCAAAAGAAUUGGCAAUUUGUAAAGUAGAAGAUUUAAAAGAAAUUAGCAAAAAUGAAUCUCAAACCCCAUUACCAAUUGAAUUUAAACAAAGUUUAGCUGAUUUUCAAAGGAAAAGAAAUAGUAUUGAUCAAAUUGUUCUUAAAGAUGAUCAAACAAAUACUCAAAAAAUUGAAUUAACUAUCAUUGUUUACGAAUAUGAUACUAGUAUACCUGAAAAACUGAAUAUUAAAGUACCUAGCAAUUAUAGAAUGGGUCAAGUAUUGAAAGAAUUUUGUGUUCAAAAGAAUUUAAUUACGACGAAAUAUAGAUUUAAAUUAGUUUCAUCAGGAAGAAGUCGAUUUGUUAGAGAUGUUGAAAUUUGUAUGGAUUUAGAACUGAAGGUUUUAGAAUUAGUACCUUCUGAAUCUAGAAUCAACCUGAUGAUUGAUGAUCAUGGACAAGCAAAUAUAACACCUUCGGAAUUUACAUUGCCUAAUCUAACACUAAAUGUGGGACAAUUAGAUGAGAAGACACAAAAAUUAACAUUACAAGAUUUCAAGCAACCAACAGCAACUUUGUUAAAACCAGAAACAACUAGAAAAUCUUCAGCCAAUAGUGCUAAAUCAAUUAAAAAAGCAAUUUUGGAAAGAAACAAUACAUCUAAUAAACAUCUUAAUGAUAUUUUAUUAGGUAAUAAUCCACAAUUACCAAUCAACAUCAAUACAGUUUAUUUUAAGUGGAGAGUUUUUAAAAAUAAUAGUAAAAUUAAAAUUAAAAAUUUUAGUGAAAAGAAUUUUAUUAUCGAUGGUGAUUAUAUACAUUUAACUCCACCUGAUGAUUUAACGUUAAGAAAUACAGGUCAAAUUGAAUCAAUGACUGAAUCUAAUUUAAUUGGUGGUCAUCAUAAAAAUCAUCAUUUAAAUCAUCAAUUUAAUAAAGCUCAUAAUAAACAUCUGACAAAGACUUAUUCUUUUCAUAUAACUCAAAUCUUAAAAUUGAAACAAUAUACAAAGACACCAAAUUAUUUUAGAAUAAUAAUUCAAAAACAACAGGAUUCAAAUAUAAUUAAUAACUCAAAUACUAAAGAUAUUUCAAAAGAAAUGGUAAAGAAAUUUUAUCUAUUGGCUUUAAAUGAAGUUGAAUGUCUGGAGAUAAUAGAGAAAUUGAAAUGGGUAUUACAUGUUUAUAACUUCUCUGGUGUUAUAUAG